GUGGGGCUCCCAAGGUCUUCCCCCAGACGAGCUCUCUGUUCAUAACGGGAUCCUGACCACCCGAGCCAGCCGAUUCCCGUUGUGCAUUGACCCCCAGCAGCAAGCCUUGAAUUGGAUCAAGCGGAAAGAAGAGAAAAAUAACCUCAGGAUGGCUUCGUUCAACGACCCCGAUUUCCUGAAGCAACUGGAAAUGGCCAUAAAAUACGGGAACCCUUUCUUGUUCCAUGACGUCGAUGAAUACAUUGACCCGGUCAUUGAUAACGUCUUGGAAAAAAACAUCAAAACUGCCCAGGGACGGACAUUUAUCAUUCUUGGGGACAAGGAGGUGGACUACGAUCCCAAUUUCAAGCUCUAUUUGAACACCAAGCUGGCUAAUCCUAAAUAUUCACCAUCGGUGUUUGGCAAAGCCAUGGUCAUCAAUUACACAGGAGGCCCGUCUCGUUUCUUUGCUAACGAAUUUCAGAAGGCUGGGCUGGAUUUUGGAAGGCAGGCCUUGAGUUUCCGUAAUCGUUCACUCACUGCUUUAAUCGACCCCUGGGAUGUCUCUGAAAAACUCAAGCUGGCUGAGAAAACGGCAGUUGACAUCGACAAACUGCGAGAUGGCUACCGCCCUGCGGCCAAGAGAGGAGCCAUUUUGUUUUUCGUGCUGUCCGAAAUGGCCCUGGUCAAUAUCAUGUACCAGUACUCCUUGUCUGCCUUCUUGGAUGUCUUUGGUCUCUCGCUCCGGAAAUCUAUGCCAGACACCAUCCUUGCCAAAAGGUUGCGCAACAUCAUGGAUACUUUGACCUUUAAUAUUUACAACUAUGGCUGCACAGGCCUGUUUGAGAAACACAAGCUUCUUUUCUCCUUCAACAUGACCAUCAAGAUUGAACAGGCCGACCACAGGGUUCCUCAAGAAGAACUGGAUUUCUUUUUGAAAGGCAACCUUUCCUUGGAGAAGAGCGCCCGGAAGAAGCCGUGUCUCUGGCUUGCGGACCAAGGCUGGGAGGACAUCAUCCGCCUCGCUGAACUCUUCCCAGAAAAAUUUGGCGGUCUUACAGACGACCUAGAAGAAAAGCUGAGUGAUUGGAAAGCUUGGUAUGACAUCGACGCUCUGGAACAAACUCCGUUCCCCCUGCACUACAACAGCACCCUCACCAACUUCCAGAAGCUGCUCCUCUUACGAUGCUUCCGAGUGGAUCGGGUCUAUCGUGCUGUGGCGCUGCAGCUGCUGGAGAACGCGGUGGCCCGUGGCCAGUGGCUCAUGUUGCAGAAUUGUCAUCUCUUGGUGAAGUGGCUGAUCGACCUGGAGAAGGCCGUCGAAAGGAUCACAAAGCCUCACCCAGAUUUCCGACUGUGGCUGACCACUGACCCGACCAAAGGUUUUCCCAUUGGGAUCCUUCAGAAAUCUCUUAAGGAGGCAUCAGAGCAUGGGAGCCAAACUUUGGUGGCCGCCUCCGUUUGUCCUACCUUGAAAAACCCACCAAAUCACCUCAUUGGGGCAGAUGAUCUGACAAGAGGAGAACAUCCCAAACUUCCUGAGUGA